AUGGGAAAAUUUCAACAUUACCGAGCUACUUACAAUGUCGCUCACCCGGAUGGCCAGGGUUCAACUCCUGAGAGUCGAGGCGGAUGGCUAGUCCCCAAAUACCACGUCAUUGACAAAUGCGUUAGGCGUGCCGACAGCGAUUUCUUUAAAUCGCAGCAGCGUAGUGGACAUGCUUCUUACGAUUCUACCCGUCCAGACGGCAAUUCCUCUGGAUUACAACAGGAUAGUGGACCUCUUUCUCAGGGUUCCACACAUCCAGAAAGCAAUGUUCUUUUUCCACAACAGAAUAGUGGAGAACGGUCUUGCGACGAUGUUCGCAAUGGCUAUGACAAUAAGACUGCUCCAUGCAGUGGUUCCGCACAGCUCUGGGGAUCAUAUUCCCCGUACUUUCGUACAGGCUCCGAUGACGCUUUGAAAGCUCCACAAGGCUGUCAAAUCACAUUUGUGCAAUAUCUAUCGCGCCAUGGAGCUCGAUCUCCCGCUACGGACCCCCCAGAUGAUCCGAACAAGCCGUAUUACCCGAACCAGAAGACUGGUCAUUAUAGAGACUUUAUCACAAACCUUCAGAGUAAAAUUAGGAAUCAGCACCUACAAGAGCCUUAUGCAUUCCUUCAGAAGUAUACAUUUAAUCUGGGAGCUAAUAGUUUGACCAAUUUUGGUAAAAACGAACUCGUGAAUGCCGGAAAACAAUUUUAUGAUCAAUAUUCCCAGCUAGCAAAGGAUAAUGAUCCAUUCGCUCGAGCCUCGGACAUGGACCGUGUGAUUGAUUCGGCUAGGAAAUUUGGAAGUGGAUUCUACGAGGCCAAACACAAUUCGAACAAAGCAGAUCCUUACCCUAUCAUCAAUAUCAGGGAGGGAUCAAAGUUUCAAAAUCCGCUCAACCCCAAGACUUGUCCCAAGUUCUCUCACAAAGCCGGCAAAAAAUAUCAGAUCAAAUUCGGUGAAAAGUCCAUCCUUGCCAAUACAACUGUGAAACGUCUGAACCAAGGCUUUCCUGACGCAAAUUUAGAAACAAGAGAUGUGAUUAACUUGAUGGAUCUCUGCUCAUUUGACACGGUGGCAUCUGAUACAGGUACUGGCUCGAAAUUCUGCCUUCUGUUCACAAACCCUGCUGAAUGGGAGGCUUACAAUUACUACCACACCUUGAAGAAGUAUUACGGGUAUGGCUAUGGAAAUCCUUUGGGACCUGCGCAAGGGAUUGGCUUCGUCAAUGAAGUGAUUGCCCGACUAAACAGCAAUCCCACCGUUUCCGAUAGGACCUCCGUCAACCACGCCAUAGAUGAUAACAACCCAGAACAAUUCCCAAUCGGCAGGAAACUAUAUGCAGAUUUUACCCACAAUGAUCCAAUGACAUCCAUCUCAGCUGCUCUGGGUCUAUUUGACAAGACUCCGCCAUUGAGCCUAAGUGGAAUCACCGACAUUGAUAAGGAUGCAGGCUUCACAGCUGCUCGGGUAGUUCCCUUCGCCGCUCGAUUUGCGAUUGAAAAGAUGACGUGCCAACAAGGGGAAAUGAUACGAGUCCUUGUAAAUGAGAGAGUCAUGCCACUUGACUCGUUCGAGGGAUGCGGCCUCAACAAGGACGGUCUCUGCGCUAAGGUUGCUUUUAUGACUCAUCUGAGCAAACAAUCCACACAGCUUCAAGCGGACUGGAUCAAGUUGUGUUAA